CAGCCUGAGCAGCAGCAGCAGCAGCAGCCGCAGCCGCGGAUCAGCAGCGGAUCUACCGAGCUGCUGCGGACUGGACGGGGCUUGGAGUAAAGGAGAGAGAAGCCGAUCGUAACUACAAAAAAGCAAGAGAAGAAGAGUAGAUUUCUUUUAGCUGCUCGCUGUUCAAAAAAAAAAAAAAAAAGUUGUACUCGCACAGAAAAGGCGACUGGAUUGACGCACAACAAAACAUUUACUGUUGGAGGUAAUAUUGCAGCACGGGCUGGUUGUAAAGAACAUCUUGUUAAGAGCGCAGGAGGAGAGGCCCAGAGAGGACCGAGGUCCUGGGAUGAGAGCUCUCUGCCAUUUCCCUGUCUCCCCCAGACCUCCAGGAGGAGUACACUGGGUGACACUCUGAGAGUGUGUGGUGUGUCUGACGCCGUCAGGCUGCCAUGGCUCUGGUUCAGGCACUACCUGUGACCGUAACUGACCACCCCAAUCCAGGUCUCGAAGUCCAGCAGUGCCGGCCACUAUCAUCCCACUCCCCCUCAGGACCCUGCUCUGGCCCCUGUGGGCCCUGUAGCUCUGGGACAGCCAUGGGUUCUGUCAGCAGUCUCAUAUCGGGCCGGACGUACCAGGAAAGACAUUGCCGGGCUGCCAGUGAAUUCACCACCAAACCCCGCCGCUCUACGCCAGCUACCAGUUGCUUCCGGCUUCAGGAUAACACCCUCCGCAGUGGGAGCUCCUUAGAGCAGCUGCUGGUUAUCAGCAACCAAACGCAGCCUCAGGCCCAGGUCCUUCCUCCACCGCUACCCACCAAAAAGCAGCCUCGGCCUGGUAACUCUGCCGGGGCAGUAGGUGGUAGCACUAAUGGGAACUUUGGGUAUGUGAGUGAUGAGGUGGUGGUUGGAGACUGGAAUGACAACCUGGUGGUGGCGGCUGCAAGCCCCUGCAGUGACUCAGAGGACCAAAGGGACAACAGGACUGUGAACGGCAACAUUGGUGGGCCUCCUCCCAAACUUAUCCCAGUGUCGGGACAGUUAGAGAAGAACAUGGAAAAAGUGCUGAUCCGUCCAACAGCGUUCAAGCCUGUCGUUCCCAAGAAUCGCCACUCUGUGCAUUACCUGUCACCACGGCCAGGAGGCAGCAGCCUGUCAGAGAGCCAGGCCAGCCUCAACCUCCUGCUGCCCCUCGGAGGAUCCAGCAGCGCCAGCGGCACGAACGGCAACGGAGGGAGCAGCAGCUCCAGCUCUGAAGGGAAACGCAACUCCUACAGCGGAGGUCGCAAUGCUAGGAGCAGCCAAUCCUGCUCCAUGUCAGACUCAGGGAGGAACUCCCUCUCCAGCCUCCCCACUCACAGCAGUACAGGCUACAGUUUGGCCCCCAGUGAGGGCUCCAGCUCCGGGUCUGGCUCUGGGGGCCAGCUUGAGCCUGUCACAGGCCUGGGCCGGAACACUUCGGGAGGAAGUGGGAGCCAUGGUCACUCUAAUUCAGACAGUGGACGUUCCUCAUCCAGCAAGAGCACAGGCUCGGGGUCGCUAAGUGGGCGCGGGCAGCCCCUGUCGGACAGCGGGUCCUGUGGCCACUCACCGCCACCAGUGGAGGGCUACGAGGCAGUGGUGAGGGAGCUGGAGGAGAAGCUGAGGGAACGAGACCUGGAGCUCCAGCAGCUCCGGGAAAAUCUGGAUGAGAAUGAGGCUGCUAUUUGCCAGGUGUAUGAGGAGAAGCAGCGUCGCUGUGAAAGAGAGAUGGAGGAGCUGAGACAGAACUGUGCCAUGAAGAUGAAGCAGGCCUCUCAGAAGGCCCAGAGGGCACAGCAGGUGCUACAGUUACAGGUAUUUCAACUACAGCAGGAGAAAAAGAAGCUGCAGGAGGACUUCUCCUCUCUGUUGCAGGACAGGGAGACGCUGGAAAGAAGGUGUGCCACUAUCCAGAGGGAGCAAACCCAGCUUGGGCCACGGCUGGAGGAGACAAAGUGGGAGGUGUGUCAGAAGUCAGGAGAGAUCUCCCUCCUGAAGCAGCAGCUGAAGGAGAUCCAGUCAGAGCUCAGCCAGAAGGCAGGAGACAUUGUGGUCCUGAAGGCCCAGCUAAGAGAAGCCCGCUCUGAGCUGCAAGCCAGCCAGGCUCGAUCCCAGGAGGCCCAGAUGGCCCUGCGGACGCGAUCUCUUGAACUGGAAGUCUGCGAGAACGAACUCCAGAGGCGCAAGAGCGAAGCUGAGCUGCUCCGGGAGAAAGUGGGCCGUCUGGAAGAGGAGUCGGCCAGGCUCCGCGACACCCUGUCCAAUCACAGUGGACCCUCUCUACCUGGAAGUGCAACCAUGAAGGGCCAGGGUAUGAACCUGUCCCUCCAACAGGGCAGAGGUCUGGUGGGAAGGGGCGGUCCCAGUCCCUCUGUGUACCGUGAUGGAGAGGAGACUCAUCUGGUCUGGGGAGGAGAGAGUGAUGAAGCCAAGGCACAGAGGCAAAAUGCAGAAGCAGCGUUGGGACUCAGACAACAGGUGGACAGGCUGAAGGCUGAGCUCAUGUAUGAAAGGAGGACUAGUGAGGAGCAACUGUCAAGGUUUGAGGAUGAGAGGAGGGUGUGGCAGGAGGAGAAAGAAAAGGUAAUCCGCUACCAGAAACAGCUGCAGCAGAACUAUAUCCAGAUGUACCGCCGAAACCGGGAUCUCGAGCGAGUGAUGAGGGAGCUGAGUCUGGAGCUGGAGAACAGGGACAUGGAGGACUAUGAAGUUCACAGUGGCAGCAAUGACAUCCACUUUGAGGAAAUCACCGCCACUGAGAUCUAAACACUCACACAUAAACACUCUCUUACAGUAAUAUGUGCACAGAAAUACACAGGAACACAACUCACAAACAACGCAAAGAUGUAACCCAAACAUUGGACUCCAAGCCAAAUACUGCACUGUCUUCAACAUGGCUUUACCUGGACCACUGAGCGAGCACUCACCACUCGUCACUGUCAAAAGGGAGAUCUCCCAAAGGUGAAUUCUCACUUUCUGUGAUGUACUCCAAUAAAUCCUUAUGAAGAAGUGUCCGCCCCCGGCACUUUUAAUGGGUUUUAUCCCCCAACAAAGCCAGCACAAAGACUUUUUUCCUUCUGUGGGAGCAAAAGCAGUUGAAUAAAAGUGUUCCUUCCUCAGACCACAUUUAAAUCAGGGUAUCGAAAAUCAAUGGGAACUUAAAGCAAAAAAUGUUACUACACGCACAGCGAUCUGGUUGAAGCGCAGUCACACUUUUUCUCGGUAGCACACGAGGUUAGACACCCGGCCACCAGCAUGCAUGUUAUGAUGCAUCAUGACAGUAGCCCCAUCCACAUCCACAGCACAACUGCUGGCCAUUAACGAUGACCUCAUCUCCCGUCCAAACUGUGCUCAUUGGCGACACAAACAUCAACCGCUGGUUCUCCAAGUAACUGCUAAAGGGAAAAUAACACCAAAUACGACAACAUAAACUUGUUUUUUACAGUGUUCAGAAGGUCAGCAGUUCAUUUCAUUUUAUAAAAAGGAUAAGAAAAGUUUUGUUUUGGAGGUAUUUCCUCAGCAGUGUGUAUUUGAAAAGGAAUAUAUUGUGACUGUUACCACUCCAGAGAAAUGCAGUAUUAAUGGUGGACAUUGGCGAUGAAAGAAUCUGCUCACCAAGGGAAACAUGGUAUUGUUUUGCACAGCUUCCCUCGUCUCUUUCUUGUGAAGCAAAUCAUCAAACUUAAACAAACCAGUUCCGACAUUUGGCUUUGGCGGUUUGCUUACAUGUGGACAUCCUAUUCUGUCAUUUCCCAAACCGCAGAGGACGCAGAAAGCAAACGUUCAAGGGAAAUGCUUUGUUUCAACGCUGGUCAUUUUUUCUAGACCACCAACAGUCAUGCCGUUGCACUCGAUCAACGUGUCAGCUCGUUCACAAGGUCUGGCAUAAACAUUUACAUUUUACUGUUAUGUAGCACUAGUAAGCAGACCGUAGCAUGGGAGACAUCACCAGGAUGCUGCUGAUUCUCCUUUUUCUCUCCUUUACUUCUGCCUUUGUCUCUUUGUCUCUUUUCCUCUCUAUAUCUGCCUCUUACUCAACUAUUUUUAUAACAGUGAAAAGCACCUCAGCAAUCGGUAUCAGGAAACUAAAAAUGGAGCAUAUUCUUUCAGUUUGGUCAUCGCGUCACUGAGAGAUUUAAGCUGGUGUUUGAACUGUAGGCAUGCUUAUUCAGAGUUUCCAUUUAUUCCCCUUCGUUCCCAUUAGUGCUCUUUAUUUAGCUUUUGGCAGUCCAAAGCCACAUAACACUUUUAAAGUCUUCCUAGUCUCCCCUAGACUAUAAUCUUCCAUGAUUGCUAUACAGGUAGUGAGACUGGCAUGUCUGCAUGUCUUUGUUAUAUCAGAUUUCAGAAGAAGCUGGCUUAGAUAGCAGUGAGAUGGGAAUUUGCAGAUGCAGUAGCUCCAGCACUGCAAUGUCCUCGAGGCAGGUCGGCUCUUAAAGCCCUAAAUAUAAACUGAUGAGGAGGAUGUUAACAUUUGCAGCUGUGGAGUUGCUCUGUUUUCUCACAGUAUAUGCAGGGCUGUGCAUAACACUGAGCAUUGUGGGUUUCUAUGGAGAAAAAACAGUAGUAGGCUGAGAACUUUUAUUUUACAAAGAGUCUAUAUCAUGGAGUAAUAGUUAAAUGGAAAUCUAUAUAAUGGAGGAGAUGUUGUAUAUUUUUUUAUAAAUAGCACAUGAAGAUAUUUUGUUGUAGUACUGGUAUAAGUGUGGUUUAAUACACAAAGUAUAAAGACUUCUACAUAUAUAUAUAUAUAUAUCUAUAUAUAUCACAUACCAAUAUUUCAAAUGAUGGAUCAAUUACAAAUAGAGGCGGCAGCAUAGACAGACUGCACCUAAUACUGUAAUGCAUGAAAAUCUGUUUACAUUAUAUAAUCUUUGUGACACAAACACACACUAUCUGAUGACCAAACUUUGCAGCUGGUAAAGCAGUUGGGGGCUUAGUUUUAACCUGUUGUCUCCCCAUUUUAAUUGAUCUUUCACUUGAUUAUCAGAAUCAUAAUAUCACACUGAUCCAUGUCUUCAUCAUUGCGUUUUGUGCACGUCAUUCCUAUAAAUGCAUGGGACAGGUCAUUUCUGAGGAACUUCCUUGUAAAGUUGAGGUUGGAGCCAAUGCAAACCAAGAACAUGUUAAGUUUCCUGUACUCGGAAAUUCAGUUGAAACCCUUUCAGACAAUUUGAUCAGCCUGUAUUUUGCAUGACGUUACCACAUUCAUUGUGGUUUAAGUGAUAUUAUAGAGUACUAAAAGUCUGCACUGUGCAUAAAUUGUUAACAUAAAGCAAUGGAAAGUGACUCUGAUGGGAAGAAGUUGGGUUUGUCCAAUCAUAUUCACUUUGUUAACCAGACCCUAGACUGUUACUCACUCACCACAGGUGCAGCACAGGUACAGAUUAACUAGCACAGGUGUUGCAAAUCAAACUCACUCCCUCACUGACAAGUGCUGUGUGCAUCCCAUCUUCCAUUUCUUUCCUCAUAUCUCAGUUCUCUUUACUGCAUAACCGUGUAAAUAUGUAAAACACUAAAUAGUAUAACAGAGUGACAUUGUCUUAUUUAGACAAAGUGUCUAUUUCAAAUGUAGCCACUGUGAUUAGACCAAAGCAACGUAACACAUUUCUUUUUUUGUGGCAUUUUUUUUUUCAUCCUUUUGUGUGCAUUUUUUAAAAUGUUUGCUUAUGUUGUGUCUUCAUUAAUUCAAAAAGUACGUAGUUGUCCAUGUAUAUUUUUAUGUGUACAUUUCUUGUACAAAUGACUGUGUUUUUAAUUAAAGAACAAGUUGUCACACCUCAAA